AUGACAACGGGCUCGUUGCCAACAGCAGGUUCUCUCUUGCAAGAUGCUCUGGGAAAGCUGGAGGAUUUCCAUGGUCUCUCCUCCCCUGAAAGACACCUACUGUGUAAUCUGCAGGGGGAUCCGCAGGCGCUGUCGCAUGAAAUCAAGGAUCUGGAGCAACGCUUGCGUUCAUCGAGGAAGCAGAAAUGUUUGAUAGUACUCCGGAAUGCCAUCAACGUUGUGCAGUCGUGCAUCUCCACGAUAGAUACCUUCGUGCCAAGCUCUGGAGGGAUUGCGUUGGCAUGGGGCGCGAUCAAGCUUACCAUUAAUCUAGCACAGAAGCUCGUGGGAUCCUUCGAGAAAGUCACCACCGCCCUCGCGCACGUCAGUCGUCGCAUGCGACAUAUCAGUGACUACGUCAAGAUUUACUCGGGGAACACCCACGUGCGCGAGGCACUCGUUGAUGUUUAUGUCGACGUUUUCCGUCUAUGUAUCACCGUUCGUCGCAUUUUCGUGACUAAAAAAGGAAAGAAUCGAAACGUAUUGUGCAUUCUCGUCCGAAAUGCAUUAAAUCCUGAGAUGGAUGAUUGUGUCAAGCAAUUCGACCAGCAUGGCCAGGAGCUGAAGAUUGAGGUUGAACACGUGGAUCGAUUGAACCAGGACCAACAACGCGAACACGAAAAGAAGCGCAAAGAAGAAGAAGCCGCUCGGAGGGAAGCGGAGGAGGAAAGGCAGCGGCAACGUGAUCAGGAGGCUCUCGAAAAACGACAAACGGAAGAGACAGAACGGGAAGCGAGGCAACAAAGGGACGAGAUAGAACGUAGACGUCUUGCAUUGGAAGAAAGCCGCAAAAACGGACGAGACGCUUUCUUGGCUCGUCUGAAAGCCGUCCCCGCCGAUGACGAUCAUCAUAGAAUGAACCUGGUCACCACUCCAUCUUCUGGGUCUUGGUUUCUACAGAGCAAGGAAUAUUCGGACUGGGCCAACGGAAACUCCGAGAGAACCCUCUGGUGUUACGGCAAACCCGGCUGCGGGAAGAGUGUUUUGACAUCUGUUAUUAUCAACCGCCUUCGCCGAGAUCAUCCCGGCUCCGGAAUUGCCUUCUUCUACUGUAGCUUUCGUUCGGAAACGCGGCGCGACUCCGAGAUAGUGUUACAUACGCUUCUGCACCAAGUUCUGCUACAGACGCCAUUAUCCGCACCAAUUUGGACCACGAUAAUCGGGGAGCCUCGCCAUGCCUCUACAAUCAGUCUAGCAUCUGUACAACAUCUGCUCGUGGAAGCUUCCACUGGCGGAGACGCGCCUCGCUACAUGAUCAUCGAUGGUAUAGACGAAUGCGCUGAAGAUGAUCGGAAAAUACUGCUCUCCUCGCUCACUCUCCUUGGCAAGCAGUUUCGGCUCCUCGUCGUCAGUAGAUAUGAAGAGGAAUUGCGUCGAUCAAGAGCCCUAUGUGACGCCACGCAUCUCCAAAUCCAACCUGCUAUGGUUGCCCAAGAUAUCGAAGACUAUGUUGCGCGAAGCGUCAACCAGCACAUCGAGUACCAGCGGAUGAUUCCGCUCAGUGAUGAUGUCAGAUCAGACAUGGUUCACGCUUUAGUGGGUAAAGCCGAUGGAAUGUUUCUUUGGGUCGCACUCCAAAUACAAGGCAUCUGCGAGGAGCGUACCGAGGACGACGUCCGCGAGGCCGUGCGUACUCUGCCCCGCGGUUUGGAAGAGACAUAUGCGAGGAUACUCCACAAAAUUGACAAACUCCCCCAAAGUCGACGAGAACGAGUCAAAGUACUUCUCCGAUGGAUCGUGUGCGUUCCCGGGAUCCUCAAGAAGGGAGCCGUCGGUGCCAUGGUCGCUGUUCCGGCCAUGGCAGAUCAAUGGGACCCACGCAAGAUCCCUGAUCCCGAUUCGGUCAUCCAGGACUGCUAUAGCCUCGUGGAGUGUUCUUCCGAAGUCGCAGAUGCCAGCGUUCCCCAAGUCUGCCACUUCACGGCACUGGAGUUUCUCGCCUCCAAUCCUGAUGGCUUCCCUAGGACGAUCCCGACGUUUCAUCUCUAUCCAGGUUCAGCCCAUCUCAUACAACUCGCCAAGUCAUGUGUUACCGUAAUCAGACUUUCUCGGUUGACGAACGCGCACAAUGAAGCAGCACUGUUCGCCCUUCGUUCAUGGGCACAUCCUGUUGUCGCGCUCGCGACCACGGCUCCGAUGCCUGCGGAUUCGAGGAGGCAAUUAUGCGGGAUUAUACGGGCGCUUUCAUCGCACUGGAGGGCAACGUAUUGGCCAUACACCCCGAAUUGGUCUGGUACCGGAUCACUGCAUCCAGAGAACCUCGUCGAUCACGCGUGCUACUUCUGUUUAUCUCUUGCAUACGGCCUCCCAGGGUCUCUCUCAUCCUCGAAGGCUGAGAAGUGUGUCAUCGCGCUGCAUAUUGCUGUCUCGAUGUCGUCACCACAACUUGACACCAUACAAGCAUUACUGAAAGCCGGGCUGAAUCCCAAUAUGAUGGACAAGAAACAGCGGACGGCCCUUCACUAUGCAACGAUGCGCUCCUCGAAUUGCGAUGCGGACGUCAUCAAGGCGCUCCUCGGUGCACACUCGAAUCCCAACCAGCGUGACGAAUUCGGAUGCACGGCGCUUCACUACGCCGUCGCUAAGAACGACGUGGAGGUAGUUAGGGCAUUGCUUCGGUAUCACGCUAGCAAGGGAGUAGCGGACAUCUACGGCCAGACUCCUUACCAGCAGGCGGUGGAGAUCGGGGCGCACACCGACAUCCUGCGGCUGCUACAACCCCGUCUUCGAGUGAGGAGCGGGAUGAUGCCGGGAGCACUCGAAGGUAUCGGCCAAUCGGAUUCGUCUGAUGUAGCGUAA